CUUAAGCUGUUUGGCUCUUAAUGAACUGUCAAAAAUGCGCACAAUACAAAUCAUCUCUGAAUGACAGAACUCAUUACUGUUACUGUGAAAAACGAAUCCUCUUCACAAUUUAACUGGAGUGAUAUUCCUUGUUACCAUUCACACACAUUUGCUGAAAUCAAAUCACAGAUCACGCUCACUUCAGGUGCCACAUUCAAACCGGUCCGUGCGGACACAAUAUACUAUUGUUACACAGAUAAUAAUAUCACUACGUUGGAGAGGAAUUACGUGUGUGAGAGUGAGAGACGUGUUUUGGUUCGUUUUGGACAUGUAAAUGUAUGUUGCAGGACAGGAGGGCGAAAUGCAGUAGCUUACAACUCAGCGGUUUAAAAAAAGUUAUUCAUCCUCGUCAGUUCACUGUUUGUUUCCACCACUCGUCUCUCUGCGUGUUCUCUCUCUUUCUGCACAGCUUGCAGCUCGCUCCCAGUCCCCUCACUCUCACCCAAAUAGUCUCGCUCCCACAAUAAUACGAGUUGUUUUUGCUUUGAGUUUGCUUACUAUAUUUAUUUGUACACUUGAAACUCCGGGUUAGCCAUGGAGACAUUGCGGUGUUUUACUGAACUCGUAAUACGGAGAUCGCGGCAACCAACAGCGGCAGCCAGUGAGAGGACUCUGCAUGAGAUUGGCCAUUUAAGUGUCAAUCAAAUUCGGUCAUGGGACGUGAUAACCAACCAGGUUCCUCUAGAAAAUUCCUCCCCCAGACGUAUGACCACAGAUCGACACACUUCGCCGAGGAAACUUUUUAUAGAGGUGACAGGACAGUUGAGAUAUCUGCAGGAGAACACAGCUGAUUAACGGAGCUACAGCUGACAUCAGGCAGGGGACUGAGAGGAAAAGGACUAAUCCAGAGACUCCGCACUUCUUGCACCACUAAAUGGGAAAGUAAAACUGUGAAAGUGACAUUUCAGACGAGGGACCGUUACUGGGAGAGAAAAUGGCCUCCGUAGCUCUCUGAAGAGGAGUUCUCCAGUUUACGCUGAAACACUCAGGGAUCCAUUUCUCCUGUCAUGUAGUCACAGUGUGUGUAAAGCUGGUCUACAGCAGGAGUGUCCAGUCUGCAGGAGAAACAGCCUGUGUGUGUUUGGUGUGUUAAGAUUCUUAGAAGCAGAGAAACCACAACUUCACUCCCAUAGCUGGAACACUAGACUGAGAAAGGCAAAAUGGCGGCCGCAGUCAUGGACAAAGAUUUUAAACUGGACACCCCUGAUCCUGUUGUGUGGGCUUCUGUUGGUGAUGUCACUCUGCCCUGUCACCUCUCUCCUGAAACCAGUGCUGUUGCCAUGGAGAUCAGGUGGUUUAAGAGGACAGACUGUAUCUACCUGUAUAAGAAUGGUCAUGUGACAGUGAGGGAGGGCUAUGAGGGCAGAGUGAGUGUGAACACCCAGGAGCUGCAGAGAGGAGACGUGUCUCUGAGACUGAGGGAGAAUACAUGGGGAGAUAAAGGAGUGUACACAUGCCAGGUCAUCAGUGGAGAACACAAGGAGGAGGGAAGAGUCGGGAUUACAGGUAAGUCUCCUGUUCCUCUGCUGUAAAGAGCUCAGUGCUGUCAUUCAUGUCACAAACUAAACCUGCUCACACUUACACUCUCUAACCUGAUUACACUUUCAUACUGCAAACCUUCACACCCU